AUGAACGCUUUAGUGUUAGGAGCAACCGGAUUAUGCGGUAGUUCGUUUCUAAAAUAUGCUAGUCAAAACAGUGGGUUUGACAAAGUAUAUGCUAUUACUAGAAGAGAUCUCCCUUCUGAGUUGAAGACCGAUUCUGUAGUGUCUGUUGUUAGUUCUGAAACGAACAAAUGGGGUGAAUUGAUCCCCGAAGAUGCAACAGUACUUUUGACUGGUCUUGCUACCACAAGAGCAGCUGCAGGUGGGUUUGAAAACCAGUAUAAGAUAGACCAUGAUAUGAAUGUUGAAUUAGCGAAGGUUGCUAAGGCUAAAGGUUACAAAGUCUGCGUUUUGGUUUCAUCCUUGGGUGCUAAUGAGAACAGUUUCUUACCAUACCUUAAAUUGAAGGGUGAGACCGAAAGGGAUAUUAUCGCUCUUGACUUCGAUAAGACUAUCAUAUUAAGACCCGGUGGAUUGUUAGGUGAAAGAAACGGUACUUUUAAAGGGUUUGGCGAUAAGUACUUCUCAAAGAUCUCUUCAUGUUUCUAUAGAAGCAAGUUGCAAAGUGCUUUAGGUUAUCCCAUCUACGGUGACGAAGUUGGAAAAGUUGGUGUCAAGUUAGCUUUGGAUUCAUCAAGAACUGAGAAGGUCCAAAUUGUGAGUUCACCAGAACUUUUGAAAUUAGCUGAGGAAAAAUGA